GCGACAUUUCGAUCAUUGUAACGGAGGAAAAGUACUGUUACUUCUGAACAGCAUAAGCGGCGGAAGAUUUUACCCAAACGCAGGUCCCGAGCGCACAGGCGGAACCUCAGGCCGAUGCACUCGCGUAUGAGUAAUAUUCAGAAAUGACAUCUGUUGGGAUGAUGAUCUUUUUCGGAAAUAUCAUGUUACUUUUACGCCAGAAUGGGACGCACACCUUCCAAAAAGUUCAACUUUUGUCUCUUCAGACCACAGAGUAUUUUCCCAAAAGUCUUGGGGAUAAUCAAGAUGGCGUCUGGCAAAAUUGAGAUGAACCUUUUUCCUCAGCAGUGGUUUUCGUCUUGGAACUCUGCCAUGCUUUCUCUUUCUCUUAUGGCGGAGUCAUGAACACUGACCUGAACUGAGCCAAGUGAGGCCUGCAGUUCUUUGGAUGUUGCUGUGGCGUCUUCUGUGACAUAUUGGAUGAGUCCCCGUUGCGCUUUUGGGGUAAUUUUGGUCGGCCGGCCACCCCUGGGAAGGUUCACCACUGUUCUACGAUGUCACCAUUUGUGGAUAACUGCUCUCACUGUGAUUCGCUUGGAUUCCCAAAGCUUGAGAAACGGCUUUUUAACCUUUUCCACACUGAUGGAUCUCGACAGCAACACUUUUCUGAAAUCAUCAGUAAGAACUUCAACCACAACAAAACUGAGAUAGUUGUUUUUGGCAAUGACGAGAAGUGCUGUUAGUAAAUACCCGGAGUCACGCUCUUUAAAAACCAAAGACCAAGUCCGAAACCUUGGUGUUCUGAUAGAUUCCGACCUGACUUGCAACAGUCAUAUCAUAUCAAGGACUAAAACUGCCUUCUACCAUCUGAAGAACAUAUCCAGAGUGAAGGCUCGCAUGUGUCAAGCAGACCAGGAUUAGCUCAUCCAUAAUUUUCUCUCAAGUAGACUUGACUAUUGUAAUGGUCUUCUGACUGGACUCCCUAAAAAGAGCAUGUAGGCUUGUGUGGUCCAGGGUGGAGGAGACCCCGGGUGCUGGCAGCUGGUGCUCAGCGAGCGUGCGCUCCAGUUUGGUCAGUACCGGGGCCGGACCUUCAAGUGGCUGCUGAGCAAUGACGUGGGCUACGCCUGCUCCAUCCUGGCCUCUCACCAGAAGGAGCGGGACGGCGGAGACACGUCACAGUCGCCCCCGGCUCGGAACAAAGACGCCCUGCUGGCAUCCUGUUCCCGGACAUGUCCCUGGCCGUCCGCAACCGCAUGAUGCUCAUGGGCGCGCCGGUGGUCAGGGAGAUGGAUGACAAGCUGCCGGGGUUCGGGGAGUACCGCCAUGAGACCUAUCGCUUCCUGUACAACUCCCCCGGCGAGUAGCAUCGAUCCGAAAUACGUGGCACGGAUGAGGAAGACCAAGGUGUUCCAGGGCUCGCGGUUGCACUCCUUCCAACAGUACAUCCUGGGCCCAGACAGACAGGCCAAGUACAACGCAGGAGAGGGUGAGCCGUCUGACCAGCAGCUACCGGAAGCCGCCGCAGAAGUCGAGUCUCAGCGUGAGUGAAUUUAAUGUCUCUACUGCGUAGUCUGAGCGCCGCACAAGAUGUGGGGGUUGAAGCUGGCCUGCCCCCACUGCCGGCUCCGGCUGACCGGAGGCGGGCUGUACCGGACCGUGCGGCGGGUGCUGGACCUCCAAGAUUGGUACUACCUGGAGUGCGACGGCUGCCGCCGGAAGUACUCGGCCUGGGAAGAAGCCAUCAUCCAGCAGAUGAGCAUGUACCAACAGCUGAAGUUCCCGGCCGUCCUCACGUACAAGUUGGCCUGCGACUUGAAGGUGGUGCACAGGCUGAAGGAACGCUCGUUGGGCAACUCCGUCACCAGCCUGCGACGGAAAAUCCAGGAGGGGCACACCUUGGAGUGGCUGAGGCCCAGUUGGGAGUACCUCUCAGUGGUGGAGCAGCUGGGUGUUCCCACCGGCGUUCUAGGGUGCAUGCGCCCUGUGCCCCGCACAGUCUGGUUUCUGCCCGCCUUCGUCAGGGCGGUGAUUCCACACCUUCCUGAGAACAAGGACCGCAUCGCGUCGGUCUUCGGGAGCUUGCUGAAGAUGGACUCCACCAAGAAGAUGGCCAAGAAGCUUGCGGGGGCGGCCGCCGGAACCGCCGCCUGGGUCACCAACGUGGGCAACGAGCACGGGCAGGUGCUCAUGUCCGUGCUCACUGUCGCCGAGGGCGAAGGGCUGUCGAGCGGACCGAUGCGGGACAGGCCCUGCCUCAUCUUCUGUACGUGGACCGCGACUGCUGCUGCGCCACCGGGAAGGGCAAGGUCGGCGAUUGGAAGGAUCUGAUGGCGCGGCUGGACGUGUGGCACCUCAUGCGGCGCUUCGCCAGGGGGGUGACCACAGACGUCCACAUCCUCUACGGUCCCUUCAUGGACAGGCUGUCCCUGGCCAUCUUCGAGUGGGACGCCGAGGACAGAAACCUGCUGAGACGGGCCAAGCGGCCGACCGGUCACUCUUUCGACCAGGGAGCUGGCCCGACACUGCCGUCGCCGCACCAGAGGGGCCGAGGAGACGGAGCGGCUCAUCCGGGAGGUGCUGGACCACUUCUGGGAGGCCAAGGAUACGAUGGGCACGGCUCUCCUCGCCCAGGCCAGGACUUGGCACAUCUGGGACACGCAGCGCUAGCACGUGGCCUGCAUCCAGGACCCGCCCGGCAUCCCCAUAUACACCAAGGUGGCGGAGGUGACGAGAGGUGGCAUCAAGCGUCCGAUAUUCAAGUGCGCGCGAGGCUCCACUUCCCUGGAGUGCUUUUAUUUUUGUUUUUUUGUUUUAAUUUAUCUAUCCACAGAUCCGUUCGAUUUUUUUAAAUCUUAUAUCCUAUCGUGA